UGACAUUAUGAGGCAAUUCAAAAAUGGCAGUUGUAGAACUGCUGGUGUUACACUUCUGCUGCUAGCGAUAAUUCACGUGGGAGAUAUCGGAGCAAUAUUUGUUCCUAAAAUCCACUACCUACACGCUUCCAACAAUGGUACACUGGCGUUUGGAGAAUCGGCAUCUGCUGCUAGAGCCACCAUCGUCUUCCAGUCGGUAAACGAAUCGACCGCUGGAACAGGAAACGAAUCUCAGAGCUCCCUAGAUUCUCCGACAAUAUGCAUAGUCACGAGCAGCCUGGAUGAUCUUCCAACGGAUCUAUUCAGUGAGGAGCAGCGCCUGCAGGGGGCGAUCGUGCUGCACUUUGUGGCCGCGAUCUAUUUCUUCAUGCUGCUCGCUUAUGUGUGCAGUGAGUACUUCCUGCCGUCGGUCGAAUGUCUCUGCGAAGAUUUGAAGCUGUCACAGGACGUGGCGGCCGCUACCUUCAUGGCGACGGCUACUUCGAUGCCGGAAUUUUUCACCAACACCAUCAGCACGUUAGCAGUGGACUCGGACAUUGGCGUAGGGACGAUCAUGGGAUCGAUGCUCUUCAACACACUUGGCGUGGCAGCUCUCGUGGGAAUGCUCACGAAGAUGCACGUGCAACUUGAUUGGUGGCCACUGACACGAGAUUCUAUCAUCGUGACUAUCUCCACCACACUACUGGUAGUGUGCGUUUGGGAUGGUCGGGUUGAAUGGUAUGAGGCGAUGCUCUUCAGCAUCAUGUACGUGCUGUAUUUUGUGGUCAUGUUUAAAAAUGAAUGGCUCAAGAGGAUCGCAGUGCGCUACAUUCAAGAUCGGUGGAAUUUGUGCGGUCGGUUGGAACCAGAACCGGAGGAUGGCACGGUGGACCACAAAGUACCUCGGAAAUAUUCCGUCGCUGUUCUCGGACAUGCCAUUAAUGGUGUCCUGGUGGCCACGAAUGGGGUGUCCGCAAAAAAGGAGACACCAAACGGUGAUGCUCCCGUUCCUGUGCCGAUCGAGCCGCAAGUGAUUGCACAGCCAGAAGAAUGCACGAACGUGAAAUGGCAUGAGCUUACGCACCUUCCCGGUAAGUCUCGAGCUGGCUGGAAAACAAUCCUGUGGGUUUUUACGUGGCCAUAUCGAUUGGUGGUGUUCCUGACUGUUCCUGAUCCGCUCCGCUUCCGUCGAUUGUACCCGCUAACGUUCAUCUGCUGCAUCGGAUGGAUCGGGGCGAGUUCAUACAUCGUGUUUUGGAUGAUCUCAGUCAUCGGCAACACCUUCGGCAUACCGGACACGGUGAUGGGCAUGACGUUCCUUGCAUUCGGUGGUUGCAUGCCCGAGGCGGCCUCUGCUGUAACGCUCAUUCGCCGAGGUAACGGUGCAAUGGGAGUCUCGAAUUCGCUGGGGGCAAAUACUCUCGCGAUACUGUUUUCCCUUGGUUUGCCUUGGUUCAUCCGAACGAUGAUUGAUGGUGGCCCUUCGGCGGGGGCCUAUAUUGCGAUUCAAUCCUACGGUAUUCAGUACUCCGUGCUGGCCCUUUUCGGAGCGAUCCUUACGCUCUACCUUGUGCUGUACAUCGCUAAGUACACGCUCCGGAAGCUGGUCGGAUUAGCACUGGCCAUCGGCUACCUGGUGAUCGUAACCUUCAUGAUAUUGGUCGAAUUGGAUCUGUUUUUCCCCGCCAAUAAUCGUUGUUAGUAGAAGCAGUGAUAAACGAGUGUAUCAGAUAGAUCAUUAGGGAUAGAAAUGAAAUAAAUAAGAUCACGAAAACUAAUAUUUGUCAUAUCAACUCGAAGGCAUAUAUCCAAAUGAUAUAGAAUAUAUUUAGCACAUAAUUUAUUUUAAGGAUUUGUGUAUAAA